UUUGCACUUCUUUUAAAUGUUUCAUCCGUGGGCUGAAGGACAUGAAGUAUGAACUUUUUUUUUUGUUUUACAUACAAUCUGAUGCUCGAUUCUUCUUCCUUCGCAUUUUUUUCUUUUUUCCUUUGAGGUACGUGACUGGCCUAUUCAAAUUCUUAACUUGAAGUUAUAUGCAGUGUUUCAUCUCUAACCAGCAAUCAGAAGCAUGUUUUAAAAAGGGUCUGAUAUUCAGUGUCCAUUACUCGAUGAACAGCUCAUGGGUGCUCUUUUGAAAUUUCUUUUUAUCCCAGUCAUGAUCCUUAAAAUAAUUGUGUGCCAAAUGUUUUUUGCAAAACAAAAUAGGCGGACAGUACGUCAGUUUCCUGGUCACCAAGGUGCAGUACGUGGUUUGACAGUGUCUACGGAUGGCCGUAUUCUUGUAUCAUGUGGAACUGAUUGCACUCUUAGGCUCUGGAAAGUUCCUGGUGAUACUCUAAUGGAGUCAGAUGAUGGGUCUGGUAACUCAUCCCAGCCAUUGGCUGUGUAUGUUUGGAAGAAUGCAUUCUGUGACCGUAGCAUAAAUAUAUAUGAUUUACGGAUGUCUACACCAGCUAGAAAGGUUAUUAUGCGGGCUAAUGACGAUGGCAAGUGCUACAGUUAUGAUGUUAGAAAGUUAAAUGAAGCCAAAUGUGUGCAUAAAGAUCAUGUCUCCUCAGUGAUGGAUAUAGACUAUUUACCAACCGGUCGAGAAUUUGUUACUGGACCUUAUGAUAGAACAGUGCGAAUUUUCCAAUAUAAUGGUGGUCACAGCAGGGAAAUCUAUCACACUAAGAGGAUGCAGAGGGUAUUCUGUGUCAAGUUCAGUUGCGAUGCUAGUUAUAUUAUCUCAGGAAGUGAUGAUACCAACCUUCGUCUAUGGAAAGCAAAAGCAUCUGAGCAAUUGGGAGUUACACAGGCACUUGCCAAUACCAAUAUACAAGGCCACAAAGCAAAUACGGGAGAUGACUGAAUCUGAGAGGAGGAAAGCUCACAGUGCCCCAGGAAGCAUUCACAAUGAGCCAUUGCGAUCGAGUAGAAUUAUCAAAGAAAUUGAGUGAAAAGGGUGGCUGUCAUGAUCUGCUAAUGCAUGCUACCCAGGCCAACCUGAACAGUGAACAAGGCUAUUACCAUUUCACUGUGUGGACAGGGCCAUUGGGAUAGUAAAUUUUAUAACAAAGGGCAGAAUCGAAGAGGUCUUACAUCGCAUGUAACUAUUGAAAUAUAUAGUGGCUGUUUCUAAUGUUGAGCUUAUGUUACUGCCAUGGUUGUAAUGGGAAAUUUUGUGAUGUAAUCAGUUA